GUAUGCUUGUUAUUAUAACGCUGAUGACUUUUAUUUCAUAGUUUGAGCAAUUUGCCACAGUUACUACCAUUUUCUUGAAGUUCUAAUUUGCAUUUUAGGUUUAUAUCUAGUGAUGAUAAUUCGAGGAUCUUUAAAUAUGUCAGAUAGAAAAGUGCAAGAUUAAACACGAAAAAGUUUGUUCGUGUAAUGAGCAGUACAUGCGAAAAUUCGUGUCCGUGGAAGGACUACCUAGAAGAUACAAUUAAUAAAUUAACUUCUUAUUUAACGAAUUUUCUUCCAUCGAAUUUUGGCCUAACCUUCGAUUCGACCAACACUGUUAUCUUUGGCAAUGAAUCAUUUUUAAGGUUUUCCGAAUUUUUUCAAGAAUUGAUAUCGUUGUUAUCUUUUGACGAAUUUCAACUGCAAUUGCUUAAGAUCUUUUUAUUUAUACUUACAAGUACAAUCGCUUUAAUUUGUAUUGCUUGGCACGUAUAUGGUUUGAGAAUAUCUGAACAAUUUAUGAAUCCAAGUGGCCUACCCGGAUAUUACGGGAAGUCCUCAGAGUAGUCGUUAAAUAUUAUUAUUUCUAAGUUUUAUUAUUGAAAUUAUAAAACGAUUAUUACAUAUUUUCAAUUACAUCAUAAUUCGGCUUUAUAUUUCUAAAGAUUCAAGAUGGUAGAUAAAAUAAAGGAUUUCUUUCAAAAGAAAAAAACCAAUGCUAAGUUUAUUAACGCUGGAAAAGGAUAUAAAUUGAAUGAAACUAGUAGACCCGAAACAUCGAGGAGAAUUCAAUCAGAAAUACCAAUAAAAAGAGCAGAACCUACGGACGAAGCAAAAGUUGCUGGACAAGCUGCAUUAGCACGAUUACAAACGAAACAAACUGAUACGCGCAGAUUUAACACGUCCUAUGCAGCGAUACAGGCACGCGUUAAAAAAGAACUGGAAUUGGAAAGAAAAGCACGACAGGAACAGGAAAAAGUAGCUUCCGCUAAAUCAGCUGAAAAAGCUAAGGAAAAAGAUAGAGAAAUUUUAGCUGUCACCGAUGUAUACUUCCGAUGCGCGUAUAUCUCUGAUGAAGUUUUAACGCAAGAGGAAUGGAAAAGAAAGAUCCGAGAAUUUCUAUACGAACAAUUAAAAGAAGAAGAAGCUGGUUUAACUUCUUGCUUAAUCAUUUAUAAUUGCAAUUCAGGAAAAACUAAAAUUCAGCAAUGUAUAGAGACUUUAGAAAAGUAUAUAGAAAAUAUUUUAAAAAAUCCGGGAAUAGAAAAAUAUCAAAAGAUCCGAAUGUGUAAUAAAAUAUUUCAGGAAAAAGUGGUACCAUUGGAAGGAGCGUUAGAAUUCUUGCAAGCUGCUGGUUUUGAAAAAAAGAAAUUAUUACAUAAUGACGUAGAGGAAGACUUUUUAGUAUGGAAUCCUGAUGCGUCUACUAUCGAUGAUUUAACUAUACUAGUAGAAGCACUAAAUUCUGCUGAAGUUAUUCCACUUGAAGUAGAUAGAAAUUUGCAAGUUCUCUUGCCUACUCAAGCGAAUGAAAUGUAUGAACUAUCUGAUAAUUUCUUUACUAUAACUUUAGAAGAGUUGAGAAGAGAGCAAAAACUUCGAACCGAAGCCAUCGAAAAAAAUCAAAUGUUAAGGACUAAAGCUAUGCGAGAAAAAGAUGAAGAACGAGAACUAAAAAGAUAUAGAUUUACAUUAAUUCGAAUAAGAUUUCCGGAUAACAUAAUAUUACAGGGAACAUUUUCGGUGCACGAAAAAUGUAGAGAAGUAGUGGAUUUCGUUAAAGAAAAUUUGAUCAAUACCGAUAUUCCAUUUUUCUUGAUUUUACCAGUAGGUCAAAAACUUCAAGAAGAAGAUUAUGAUAAAACAUUAUUAGAGUUAAGAUUAAUGCCGGCGUGUUUAUUAAAAUUUUCAUACGAAAGCUAUAAAGGAGAUUUGGAUAUAUCCGUAGGAUAUUUAAAAGAAACCGUGCUUUGCUUAAUACGAAAUACAUAAAAU